ACGCGCGUCCAAAAACACUAAAACCCUGUGAUAUUUUUUCUCACGCUAUAAAAUGAGGGAAGAUAUUUUUAACCAAACUUCAUUUUAAGGUUUUGCAAGCUUAAACCCUAGCCGCUCCAAAAACCUCACACUCUCUCUCUAUCUUUCUCUCUCUCUUCAGAUUCUUGAGGGAAAUGGCGUUCUUUAACAGGAUCGGCAGUAUGCUUAGCCAGAGCAUCUCGCAAAAUUCUACCUCAUCUAUGAUGAAUGCAAUUCGAUGCAUGUCUUCUACCAAGCUCUUUGUUGGAGGUCUAUCAUUUGGAACUGAUGAUGGCUCAUUAAAAGAUGCAUUUUCUGGUUUCGGAGAAGUGGUAGAGGCAAGAGUUAUUAUUGAUAGAAACACUGGAAGGUCCAGGGGAUUUGGCUUUGUUAACUUCACAGAUGAAGAAUCUGCAAACAGUGCACUGUCUGCCAUGGAUGGUCAGGAUCUGAAUGGCCGUAACAUCCGUGUAAGUGUUGCUAACGAUAGGCCACAAACUCCACGGUAUGGCGGUGGUGGUGGUGGAUAUGGUGGUGGUGGCAGUGGAUAUGGUGGUGGCAGUGGUGGUGGAUACCGUGGUGAUGGAGGUUAUGGAGGCAGUGGCGGUGGAGGUGGUUAUCAAAGAAGUGCAAACGAGGACUUUUAAUUAUGUUAAUUGCAAUUGUUUAUAGCAAGUGGCUGUAGGAAACGAAUGCGAUUUUAGGCUCGUUUAUUUGCUUCUAUUUUGAUGGAUGUUCUCUGGGCUACUGGUUUUGUGAUUUGGCACAUUAUUCGCUGCUGUGUAUCUUGAAUAUGAUUAGCAAGGUAAUGAUGUUGCAAUACCUUUGUGUCUGAUUUAUUUAUACAAAUCUGGCAAAGUCUGUGUUUUCCUUUGA